UUUGCAUGCUGAAGUCUACUUUAAUCCAGGUUUGACGAUAAUAAAGUCACUCGAUCUAUUACGGAAUGUUUCAAAGAGUACUACCUUGAGCCAAGCUGAAUUUGGACAGAAACAAGUAAAUCAACAAAAGAUCAUUGCUUUCAUCUUUUCAAGGUUAAUACUUUAACUUAAUUUUAUUCUAUCACAUAUAAGACUAUAAAUAUUUAGUCAGUUCUAAUCUUUGCAUGAUACAAUGUAAAUACUCUUGGCGUUCGGAGUUGAAUUCGCAAGUAAGAGAAGGUUUUCAAGCAAAGUAGCUAAAAGACUUCAAGACUUGCACCAUUGGGUGACAUCGAAGAAAAAAGGUGUAAGACCAAUAUGGAUGCCAGAGGAAGUACACCAACUUAUGCAAAAAACAAAAGAUGAUGAGUUUAAGAAAAAAUCAGAACUAGCGAAAAAGAACAAGAAAGGAGAAUCAAUGCAAGGUGUUGUGAAACCUAGACAUUGUCAAGGUUCAAUUUUUAUGGCCGAGUAUGCAAGAAGGAUGGCUUCAAAAAAUGGAGGAGUCUUGCCAAAAGCUGCUGACAUUUACUUGGAGACACAUUCAAAGGAUCGCCAACCAAGCCAAGGCAACCAACUUAUUGGUUCGAAAUCAAAACAAAUCAUGGAUGAUUAUAAUAAGAAAAUGGAUGAGUAUCGAGAGAAGGGAGUCAACAAAGAUCCUGAUGAAGUGUAUUUUGAGACAGUGGGUGGUAGGAAAAAAGGAUUGAUUCCAGGCUUAGGUACAAGUGGUGAUCUCCGUUACAAAAAAUCAUCAACCCGUACUAGUAGCUCUUCUAGUGUCUACACGCCUUCUUUGCUUUCUCAGCUUUCAACUACCGUGGAGCAAUAUCAGCAACAAAUAGCUAAUAAACAAGCUGAAUUUCAAAGGCAAAAAAAUGAGUGGGAGACACAGCGUCUCCAAACGGAAAAGGAAAGGGAAGAGGCAAAAAAAUAUAUGGAGGAGAUGAGGACGACAAUGGAAGAGUAUUCUCAAAUGAUGAUUCAGUGUGGAGGUACUUACCCUUUCAGCCAACCACGUGACCCACAUGAUCCUUUUGGUGAUGGAUCGGAAUUUCCUUGUAGUACUUAGACUUAUAGCCUUUUGGAGAACUUUUAUGGGACUAAUUUAUUAGUAUAUUAUAUAUUUUGCGAAAAAUGAUGUUUAAUUUAGGUUGUUAGAAUUGCUAUUAGAUCUAUAUCGUGGAGAAUAUGAUGUUUAAUAUAGGUUGUAACAAACCUAUUAUUUUGUUAUGGAAUGAAAAAUUAAUUUA